UACAUUUAUGAUUUAUUACUCUUCCUUCGGAAAUAAUACCUUCAUUAAACAACUGAUUUAAGAAGCUUAUUUAUAUAUCAGCAAAUAUUUCUAGCUAGUCAAACCACCCAUCAACUUUGAAUAACACUUAUUUGCCAAAUGAACCCAUUCUAAUAAUCCUUUUUCAAAGACCCAAACAAUUAUAAAUUCUAAGUAGAAUCUGAAACAAUCUUAGACAAGACGAGCCGAAUAGGAACGGGCUAAUAUCCCAAAACAACAAACAAGGAAAAAAAAGAAGAAAGAGCAGAAAAGGAAAAUGAAAAAUCAAAUCUUAUCCUCUAAACUCGAGCACCAUAUCCAAUGAUAAUCUCAACCUCCAUUUCCACCACCACCAUUAACACUCACUCUCUCCAUCAGUAUCUCCAUCAUCGCCGCCGCCAUUACUGUCUCCUUCCAAAAUCCACCCUUUCAAUCCCCUCUACACCUUCAACUUCUACUCUUAACAACCCCAAAACCGCCAUCAUCAUCGGUGGCGGUCUUGCCGGCCUUUCUGCCGCCACUCAACUUCACUCCUCCAAUAUCCCUUUCGUACUUCUAGAAGCUUCUGAUAACAUCGGAGGUCGCGUCCGUACAGAUAUUGUUGAUGGAUUUAUCCUCGAUCGAGGUUUCCAAAUCUUCAUUACUGCUUAUCCUGAAGCUCAGAAGCUUCUCGAUUACUCUUCUUUAUACCUCAAAAAAUUCUAUUCCGGAGCUCGUGUUUACUUCAAUGGUGGAUUUCACACUGUUGCUGAUCCUCUCCGCCAUUUUUCCGACUCACUUGGAACCCUAGGUAAUCCAAUCGGUACUAUUCUUGAUAAAUUGCUUAUUGGAUUGACCAGAAUAAAGGUUUUAAUUAAAUCAAAUGAGGAAAUUUUUACUUCUGAUGAAGUUCCUGUGAUUAAAUUGCUGAAAAGUUCGGGAUUUUCAGAUUCAAUUAUUGAUAGAUUUUUUCGGCCAUUUUUUGGCGGGAUAUUCUUCGAUCGAGAGCUUGAAACAACAUCAAGAUUGUUCGAUUUCAUAUUCAAAUGUCUUGCAUUAGGAGAUAACACACUACCUGCAAACGGAAUUGCUGAAAUUCCUAAUCAAUUGGCUUCAAAAUUACCUAGUGAUUGUAUUCGAUUGAAUUCUAGGGUUACAUCCAUUGAAAUUGAUGAUGAAAAGAGGAUAAAUAUAAGCUUAGAUAAUGGAGAGAAAUUGAUUACUGAAAUUGGAGUCAUCUUAGCAGUUGAACAACCAGAAGUAGAAAUACUCUUAGAAGGAAUAUCCAAACCCGUUACUUCAAAACCGGGUCGUAGUACUGUUUGUUUGUAUUUCACAACGGAUCCGGAUAAAAUCCCAACUUCAGACCCGGUAUUGUUCCUUAAUGGAUCGGGUCGUGGAAUAGUUAACAAUAUGUUUUUCCCCACCAAUGUGGCUCCGUCGUAUGGCCCACCGGACAAGGCAUUGGUAUCAGUAUCCUUGAUUGGAUCGUUCGAUGAUGUUUCCGAUGAUGAUCUGAUCGAUCGGGUAAUCCAGGAGCUGUUCGAAUGGUUCGGAAAAUCAGUUAAAGAUUGGAAACACUUACGAACUUAUCGAGUGAGGUUCGCUCAACCGAAUCAGAGUCCGCCAACGGAUCUGUUGAAGAACCCGAAGAUUGGAUCUGGAUUCGGGUUGUAUUUGUGUGGAGAUUAUCAAACUAGUGCUACUUUUGAUGGAGCUAUGGUUUCAGGUAGGAGAGCUGUCGAAGCAUUGCUUGAAGAUAUAGCGGUUAAUUAAGUUGUAUAGGAAAAAUUUUAUAGUUAAUAUUUGGCGCCAAACAUGGAUUUAUUAUAAAUUUAUGUUUAAAUAGAUUUGCUUAUUGCUUUGUCAACUUGUUAUUAUGAAAAAAAUGUAAUGUUUAUAUUGUAUCUUGUAUGACUUAGAAGGUGUUCUCUUCAACUUAUUUUUUUGACUUA